CGCCACCGCCGCCUGGCCCUGCCUGCCUCCUGCGCCGCGCAGCCCUCGCGAGCGCCCCGGAAGGCGCUUUACCCCUAGGACCGAUUUAGAAUGUAAUAACUCAAGGAUUUGAUAAUACAGUGAAGUAGUAUAACAACUGUCUACAUGCUUCCCAUGAUAUGUUCUCUAUAUUGAAAAAUUAUGACAUCAACAUCCAAAGGAAUUCUUCGCCCAUUUUUAAUUGUCUGCAUUAUCCUGGGCUGUUUCAUGGCAUGUCUUCUCAUUUACAUCAAACCUACCAACAGCUGGAUCUUCAGUCCAAUGGAAUCAGCCAGCUCUGUGCUGAAAAUGAAAAACUUCUUUUCCACCAAAACUGAUUAUUUUAAUGAAACUACUAUUCUGGUGUGGGUGUGGCCAUUUGGGCAGACCUUUGACCUUACAUCCUGCCAAGCAAUGUUCAACAUCCAAGGAUGCCAUCUCACAACGGACCGUUCACUGUACAACAAAUCCCAUGCAGUUCUGAUCCAUCACCGAGACAUCAGUUGGGAUCUGACAAAUUUACCUCAGCAAGCUAGGCCACCCUUCCAGAAAUGGAUUUGGAUGAAUUUGGAAUCACCAACUCACACUCCCCAAAAGAGUGGCAUUGAGCACUUGUUUAACCUGACUCUGACUUACCGCCGUGAUUCAGAUAUCCAAGUGCCUUAUGGCUUCUUGACGGUGAGCACAAAUCCCUUCGUGUUUGAAGUGCCAAGCAAAGAGAAAUUGGUGUGCUGGGUUGUGAGUAACUGGAACCCUGAGCAUGCCAGAGUCAAGUAUUACAAUGAGCUAAGCAAAAGCAUUGAAAUCCAUACCUACGGGCAAGCAUUUGGAGAAUAUGUCAAUGAUAAAAAUUUGAUUCCUACCAUAUCUACUUGUAAAUUUUAUCUUUCCUUUGAAAAUUCAAUCCACAAGGAUUACAUCACGGAAAAGCUAUACAAUGCUUUUCUGGCUGGCUCUGUACCUGUUGUUCUGGGACCAUCUAGGGAAAACUAUGAGAAUUAUAUUCCAGCAGAUUCAUUCAUUCAUGUGGAAGAUUAUAACUCUCCCAGUGAGCUAGCAAAGUAUCUGAAGGAAGUCGACAAAAACAAUAAGUUAUACCUUAGUUACUUUAACUGGAGGAAGGAUUUCACUGUAAAUCUUCCACGAUUUUGGGAAUCACAUGCAUGCUUGGCUUGCGAUCAUGUGAAAAGGCAUCAAGAAUAUAAGUCUGUUGGUAAUUUAGAGAAAUGGUUUUGGAAUUAAAAUUUUUCAUCACUUGCACACUUGAUAAAUAUUUUGAUGAGAUAUCAUCCAAGUAUUGAGGAUAAGAAGAGAUGCAACAUACUACUUUUGUGUCACAAUUUAUUUUUAUCACCCUCUCUAGGGUAACGUGUAUAUUUUGGUGGAGAUUUUUAAAAGCUCAGCAUGAGCAAUCAUUCCAUUCGGUUUUAAAUUAUCCUGUAUAUACCUAAUUAUGUGCACUGAAGAGUAAUUUAUUCUUCAUUAUCAUUUGUAAACAUUGUUUUUUCACAUUUUUGUAGUUGCCCAUAAUGUAAGCUUGUGGUUUGAUUAUUGUUUCCACACUGAUCAGCUGUUUAAUCUAUUUGGGAAAUGAAGAUGCACAUCUUAAAGUAUGAAAAAAUUUUCACUAAGUAUUACAAUGUCUAGUUCCGACUUUGCAUACUAUAACAGAGGAAGAACAUGUUGUGAUUGAAUUCUAACCUCUUUGACUCCGAAGUUGAAUGAAGUGUAUAACUGUCUCUAUUUGAUCUAUUUUUUUUACCUGUUCAUCACAUUUGUGAAGGUGAAAUUAUUCAUGGAGUGAAUAUGAAAGAUAUGAAGCAGAACUAUUCUAUUCAGGAAGCUAUUAGACUUCUCAUUUAUUUUCAUUAAGCUGAUUUGCAGCUACUUAUUCUCAUGGUCUUAAAUUAAAUUAUUCAAGUAUUUUUAAAUAUCCAAUUUGUUGUGAUUUUCAGCACCUGGGAAGUAAUCCCAAUAAUACUUUAGAAAAUCUAAGACAGUUCUUUCUGCUACUGAUGACACUCAUUGUCAUAAUAAAACAAAUAAUUUCCUCAAAUAACAAAGAAAAAUGAUACCUAUAAAUAUAUUUAUAAAUGGUGUCAUUUAUGAACAAUGUUUAAUUAUGUAUCAAUUUAAGAUUUUUUUCUGAAGCCCUAAUAUUUAAAAUGGUCUUAUUUUACCAUAUGGAUAUAAGAUUUGGCUCAUAAUGAUGAGCCCUAUCAUUUGAUUUGAGUUCUAUCAUUUAAGAGAGCCUAAAUAAAAUUAUCAUCAAGGUAUUAAAUAUAAGAUGUUAAAUAUAAUAAAGUGGGGAUACAUAGAAAACACACAGUGUUAGCACAGAGUAAGAUCUCAAUGCACAUUUGUUGGAUGAAUAAAUAAAUGCAAUUGAAUUCACAGAAAAAUGAUUGUUUCAAGGAAGUGACAGUUCUACUUUAGAAGUACUAAUUGGAGAUGACUUUUAUAUCCCAUUUUGGUAAUUAUUCAUACAUAGCACAUAUGACCAUGAUGUUCAGGGCUUUAUAGAACCAAAUAAACCUACCAUUACAUGAAAAUUUUGAAGAGUAUAUUCCUGAACUUGCAGCUGCCUAUAGCAUUCUCCUCCAUAAGGCUAGAGGAGAGCUGGAUAUAAGCAGAGAUCGUAGGUGAAAAAAGGUGGGCCAUUAAGGAUUCUUCAAGGAAAACAUUCCUCAAAAUGAUCUUUAGUGCCUUUAUUCCAUUCAGGCCAAUAAUCCAUCCAAAAAUUAGAAUGUUCUGAGGACAUCCAUUUGGGUCUAUUUGUGACUUAUUCCUAUUACAAAUUGACAUCAGCAAAAUUCAAAAAGAAUUCAGUAAAAAGGGCAUAGAUCCAGCUAUCCAGACUAUCUUGUGAGAGAAUAAGCUCACCCCAGCACCAGAAAGAUUUGAGCAGAGGAAUAUUCCUGUAAUGAAUAGAGGAUUGUUUGAUUCUCAGGUAUAUUUCUUAAGCCAAGAUUGAAUGCAGUGUCAGGCACUGCCUUAACACCCACAGAGAUAAGAUGAACAAGGUACUAUCACUGCCUAAAAUGAGCUUACAAUUAAGUGGAUAGACAUAUAAAAGCUUCCUUUCAAUUCAGCCUGAGACUGUUUAUAUGCAUGUGCUACUCCGAAUGACGUUUGUAUGGGUCAAUGCUGAUUUAGUGGGGAAAAGAAGUAGAAAAUUUCCCCAAUUGCUUAGCUGUUUGACAUGUUUCUGAGCUGCAAACUUUGUCAACUCUUUUGACCCAACAUAUUAUUCUCUCCUUAUUAUCUCUUCUAACCACAAUGCAUUAAGAAAUAAUAUUUUUAUGUGGAUGUCCUCCUCAAUAAGUGAAGAUCUCCAUCCACAUUUAAUUAAUUGGUAAGACUGUCAAAUUCAUACAUUUAUAUUUACUUUGUCAAAUUUUGUGGUCUAUAAAAAGCAUAGAGAUCUAAAGAGGAUACACUGCUAACAAGUUUAGAAAGCACCUGCUUUUUAUUAUUAUUAUUAUUAUUUUUGUGAUGGAGUCUUGCUCUGUCGCCCAGGCCGGAGUGCAGUGGUGCAGUCUCGGCUCACUGCAACCUCAGCCUCCCAGGUUCAAGUGAUUCGCCUGUAUCAGCCUCCCGAGUAGCUAGGAUUACAGGCGUGUACCACUAUGCCUGGCUAGUUUUUUGUAUUUUUAGUACAGAUGGGUUUCACUGUGUUGGCCAAGCUGGUCUUGAACUCCUGACCUCAAAUGAUCCAUCUGCCUCAGCCUCCCAAAGUGCUGGGAUUACAGGUAUGAGCCACUGUGUCUGGCCCACCUGUUUUUUUUGAAGGCAGAAAAACAUUCAAUAUUAAAAGCAUUCAAUAUUAUUUCAACCUGCCUUGGCUCUAGUGAAUGUUCAUGACUUGAAAGAACUGAAAGACCUAAAGGCAGUGUCUCUAUUGUUGACUACAAAUGUAGGCGCUUUGUUGGACUAUGACUAUAAUCACACACUGAUAAUACGACGCAAGUAGAGGCAGUACUACUAAGUAUCUAGCAGGUGCUUUGAAACCCCAUUACUAAGUCCCAGAAGACUGUUUCCUAAAUUUGAAGUGGAAGAAUUAAAUGACUCAAUGGAACCCUUUAGCUCUGGGUCCAUUGAUGUGUGAGUUUUAGGGCUAGAAGGAAUUAUAAUUUUGUUGUUUAUAAUUGCUAUAAUAUAGAAAUUAUAAUUGCUUUUCUUUCUACUUAUGAGUUAACUAGAUCCAGAGAUAUUUAUUCAAGACACACAUUCACACACACAAACACACACACACACACACCCCACAGCUAGUGACAAUAGUUAAGAUUUGGAUUUAAGGAUCCUAUCUUUCUUUAUCCCACUUUCUUUUCAAUCGCAUUCAUAACUUAUUAUAGAAUUAUGUCUCAAUUUUUACAAAUGUGAAUGUCUUAUUGGUAUUUUUAGGGCCUAUAGAAUGGUAUACCUCAUGUAGAACAACUUUGACUUUUGAAGGUAUACAAUAAAUAAAACAUCAAACUUGUUAGCAUUCGUUCUGGUUUAAAUAUUUUAGGAGUUGAGUUCAGCAGAAGGAAAUGGGCUAUCACUACAUUUAAGUGAAAUACAACCCUCAAGAAAGUGUAUGGGUCACAGCCACUCCUUUAAUAAAUCCUGUGGAUUGCAAUUCUUUGUAAGAAACUCAUGAAAAAGAUAUAUUGAUUCAACAAAAUUGGUUUGCUGUUGAUUAUACAAACCAAUAAUUAUGCCUGGAAUUAAAUUGUGGACACAAAAAAGGGAACAGACCAUUUAAAAUGUUUUAUUUCAAAAUAUCGAAAAGCUAUUACCUUCAAUACUCUAAAUAUUUAAAUAUUAAUUAUUGUAGACAUCAGUAAGAAUAAAUAAAUGUUAAUCAUUAUAGACCUUACUAAUAAGAAUAUAUACUGAAUUGUCCACAUCCAGAGUAUUACACCCUGAACAAGAAAGACAUGAGAGCCUGACAGUCAUAUAUAUUAUGACAGCUGUAUAUCUGACAAUAUGAAGUAGAAACUGAAAAAAAAUCAUCUUAGUGGGAAACAAAUACACGCUUAAAAUUGUUAUAUUUACUGUAAAACUCCUGAUAAUCUUAGAUUGUGCAGAAAUGUUCCUUAUUUUGAGGGGCUUAGAAAGCUCAGAGCAUUUGAUGUGUAAAGCAACAGAAUAUUUAGGAAUUAUUUGCGGAGGCUUUAAAUUCUUACCUCCAAUUGGAGGUUAAAUAUUAAAAGAAUAGGAAACUAUGCCUCUGAUAUUUUUUGUCAGCCUAUUUUUAAACUAGAUUCCAUGAGUCUUAAGGUAAUAUCCUAGAAUUUUUUUUUUUUGCGUGAAUUAAAGUUACCACAAAUUUCAGGUCCUUACCUUAUGACUGUGUUUGAUCAUAUCUUUGAGUUCCCUUGAACUCUGAUCUCAUUUUGAGAAACUUCUUAACAAUUACAAUUGAGCUGUUAAAUAUAACAAACAUCAGAAUCUAAAGGGAUAAGCACAGUGCCUAAUGUACAGGAGGGUCAUAUCAAAUACUUGUUGAAUAAAUAAAUGAAUGUGAUAAGUGGUCCUGUAAAAUAUUUUUUAAGAGUAGUGACAAUGUUUAUUGGUACCAAUUGGAGAUGAUAUUUUAUAUUUAUUUUAUUAGUUUGUCACCUGGAUGCAAAAUGAAGGCAUUUUAACUCCUUUCUAUCUUACCACAUUGUAAAGCAUCAAAAGAAGUAAUAUCUCAAGAAAGAUUAGAAAGGAUUUGGAUCACGUUAACAUUCUAUGCAAAAAUUAGUAACAUAUCAACUGUUUCUAAAAGGAAAGAAAAUUAGUAUUUAAGGAGAGUAUAAAGUGCGAGCACUGUGAAGGGCAGAUAUCUAUUACCAAACCACAUGGAGAGAAAUAUAGUCUCUCUCCUAACUUCAUUCCAUUGUAUUGCAAUCAGUCAAUUAAGGUGAUUUUUUUUUUCUGGAUGUCUCAUCUAGAGAUUUUGUAGCAUUUUGCAAAUGGGUAUGCUUCACUACUAUCCAAAGUGUUCUCCCCUUUAGUAAUUCAUAUUGAAUAUAUCCAUAUUCAUAUGCAUUUUAUAAAACAGUUAACAGAAUCUAAAUAAGAUAUAGCCGGCUAAAUCUGGAAUGUGAGUGCUACCCUAGGUUAUUAGUUCAACAAACUAAUUUUGAGAGAGCCACUUAAACUCUCUGGACCUUGUUUGUAAGCUUUCUUCUAGCACUAUUACUCUUAUCUAAGAUCGAAAUUGAUAUAUGCAUGAAAUUCCUAAUGGAAUUUCGAUGUCCAUCUCAAAGUAAUUUUUUAGGAUAUUCCAUACAGAUUUCCUUCUCAUUUCUCUGUGUAGAUAUUUAAAGUAUGAGAUUGAUUAUUUAAACUAACAUGUGGAAAGAACCUAAUCCAGAGCUUGGAAUAUAGAAAGUGCUCAAUUAACUGACAUUCCUCCUGUAUUUCCUCCCUCCCCUUAGUUGUCUAUGACUUUUGAACUCACUGCUUACUGACACCUUAAUUGCCUGCAGAAAAAUCAAUCAUAUUUUAGGCAUUAUUUUGAAAUAUUUUAGAGUUUUCUGUACUAUUCAAACUCUUAUUACAAAAAUCUAAAGAUAUUUAUUGAUGCAAAAAAUUUAGGGAGUCAUUGGAAAUACCUAAGGCAAUCCCAGGCUAACAAUAAAAUAGCAUAAUUUUAAGUAAGCUAGAUUGAGUUCAUUUAGAACAUUUAGUUAUUUUUUAGCUCAUAGUUAACAUAUGUCCAUGCAUUUGAUUUACUUUAAAAAUAUUUUAUUUAAAAAUAACCUCUCAAACACCAGUUGCUUUCUGUCAGUUUUACUCAAAGCAUGCUUCCUAGGUCACCUGACCUAGAAUCACCAGAAGUGUUAACAAUACCGAUUUCUGGGCUUUGAGCCAUGAAAUUAGAAUUUCUUCAAAUAAUCCAUGCCCCCCCGUCACCCAAAAAAAGAGCAUGCUUUUAAUACAUUUCCAAAAUUAUCCUGUUUCUGCUAUAACUGGUGAACCAUCCUGUCCUAAACUAGCAGUUCUCAAACAUGCAUAUGCCUUUGAAACUUCCUAGAUCAUCUACAUAAAAAUCAUUUGAAAUAUUGUUAAUAAUACACAGCUUCUGAAUCUCUGGGUGUGAGAUGGGACCAGGAAUCUUAUUUUAAAAAUCUCCCCAGAUGGUUCUGGUGUCCUGCUAGUUUCGAGGUUUGCAUCCCACCUGUUUAGAUGGGUAGUAUUCUAUUAAAUAUGAGGUAUUACCUUUCUUUAGUUCACCUGGAAUCUUCUUAAAUAUAUCGGUAAAGUAUUCUACUUCAAAAUCCAAGACAUUUUGUAUGCCUAAUUAUUUCACACAAGAGCGUGGAACUCACCAGUCUUAUGACUUGGGGCAGGUUAUUUAUAGUCUCCAGACACUUUUUCCAGUUGCGAGUUGCUUAUAGUAGUUCGCGAACCUGAAUGCACAUUAGAACCAUCUGGAGAGGCUUUAAAAUUGCAGAUGUCCAAACCCCACCUCCAGAGAGCUGAUCUAUUUAGUUUGAGGAAGAGCCCAGAAGUCUAACAGGUGUAAAUGCUCCACAGGUAAUACUAAUGCAGGCAUACCUCAGGAAAUCACCAGUUCUUGUCUUGGAGGAACUAUUAGGAAAAUAAAAGAUUAUAUAUCUUGAAAAAAAUCUCUAAUUUGCUUUCUAGGUUCUAACUGCAUGUUUAUAUUUUGCAACAGGAAAGACUGGUCUAGACAAUUACUAGGAUAUAUGCUUCUGUGAUCUGCUUUUCUAUUGUAUGUGUUUAAGAGACCACAUUCUUGGGUUCCAAAGUCUCCUUGCCUGAUAGGUAACUUGCAAUUGAGAUAUGGCAAAGAAUUGUAGCAUCCAAAUUUUUGACAACUACAGAUUUAGAAUUGAAUCCAAGGUCUGCCAUUCACUAGCUAUGUGCAAGUUACUCAACUUCUCUUAUCCUCAGAUUUUGCAGCUGUAAAGCAGAGGUAGCAUGUUUCUGAGAAAUUAUAUUCAGGUGACUAGAUAUGUGUUCAAGUGUUAUCUUUUAUUCUUAUAAAAGAUAAUUGUGAGGAAUCCAGUGCUAUUUUCACAAUUUUAAUUCUAAAACUCUGAAGACAUUAAACAGGCAGUUUGUAGGAAUCAUUGAAAUUUUAUACAAGCUGAAGGAACAACAUUCAGCAAAAUGGAAACAAAUAAAUACAGCAUGGAAGCAUAUAUUCAUGUUUCCCAUAAUUACUAAGUUACAGAAGGGGUGUGAGGAGCUGGCAGUGGUGGUGAAUAGGCAUUGUUUGCAUUACUAAAUAUAUAUACCAUUUCUUAAGAUAAUUGGAACUCAAGCAGGCCUAAUUUUCUCUCCCUGUUAUGAGCAAUCAGUAAAUUAGUAGUCAAUUUAACUUAUUAUCAGUUGGUAUAGCUCAUGUCACAGAAUAGGAUAGCAAGAAGAUUCUCAGAGAUCAUUUUCUGGUAAAGAAAAAGGCCUAGCAAUAUUUAACAGUUUUACUUAAUCCAUCACUUCAGCUGGUCCACUAGUUUUGACACAGGACUAGUUAAUGAUUUGUUAGGAAGUCUCCAUCUACUUUUAAACUAAUUUUUAAAAAAGCUAAAAGUUGCUUUUAAUAUGUUAGGGUAUAACUUCAAUAAACAGGAGUAUUUAUCUAGUGGUUCAGAAAUAAAAUAAUUGUUAGCCAGCCUGUGAUUAAGGCUACCAUAAUUGCAUAAUAAAUAGCUUUGACGUGAAUAAUCUCAGUUGUUCAAGUGUACAAUUUUAAAGCUGUACUGUGUUAGAAUAAAAAAGUAGGCUCAAGGAAAAUUUCUAUUUUUCUAUAUGAAAAAGAGAAUGAUAUUCAAAACAGUAUUUUUAAGUAGUUUCUAAUUGUGUUCGUUUAAAGAGUAUUAGAAAUGUCAGUAACAUUAGAAAACUUCAAAAACUGAUUUAUUUUUCUGAGUUCUCUGGAAACCAAACAAUUUUGAAUUAGUUGUAUAAGUAAAGUAAGUUAAGUUAUAGCUUGCUGGAAUUUUAUUGUGGAAAACAAAUAUAGAUUUUAUCUGAAAAAUUUUAAGGGCCAAUUCUACAGAAAGUUAUGCUAACAUGCUAACUUUCCACACGUGGCUGCAUUCCAUUUUGAUUAAUGAGGGUUCAGGAAAUAGAAAGGCGGGCUCUGCAGAAGCAGUAUCCAAAGACUAAAUUAACAACCCAGGACUACCACUCAUUAUGUGAGAAAUAUGGGCCAGAGUUACAAUAUCACAUCUCCAGUCUCAGAUUGGCCUCAUUAGCCACCUUCAGUUCCUCAAGUGAGAUAAUCCUGAAGAUGCCAUCCUUGUCCAAGGUGAGAUUGCCAGAGGAUAUGAGCUCAUCUAGGGUGGAAUACAUGUCUCCAGGGACUGUAAUGAGAUCAGGCUUUUCACUUACUGGUUUUCUGCCUCAAGAGUCCUUAAGCAAAUGAAGAUUAUCUGAUUGUCUAUGUAAACGUGGAAGUAGUCUACUUUUUAGAUAAAAGAUAAUCUGUCUUGAAUAUUUCAUAUGUGAUUUUAAAAUAAUUAAUCAAAAAACAAAGACUAUCAUAUUUGAGAACAAGAUUUUACUUAGAAGGGAAGAAAAAGAACUUUCAGCUUAAUCGGGGUUAAGGGAGUAAUUGUGACAAUAUAAAAUGACAUUGUUAUAAAAUCCCUAAAAGGUAAAUAAUGUAUGAGAUGAAGGUAGGAAGUAAUGUAUGCUUGCAGAAAUGCAACUGGUCAAAAUUACUUGAAUGAAAUUGUUGAGGUUAAACAUCUUCAUUAUAAUAACAUGUCUUAUUCUGAUUCCAAGACAAUACGAAUGUAGAGACGAGAUUUUUAAAUGGAAAAAGUAAAGAGCUAACAAGUCUGUACCUAGAUUCAAGUUCACAAAGCGGCAAAAAGGAGAAAAGUGUCAACAAGAAACAAGAAGAGGAGUAGUAAACUAAGGAUCAAAGCCCAAGUUCCAGUUUUCACAAUCUGCUGUAUAAUUCACUAACAUUUCUGAGCCAUAGAUUUUUAAUCUGUAAAAGGAGUGUGAUGGACUGUACAUUAGAAGUACCUGAGAAGCUCUUAAUAAAUCUUGAUGAAUUGGUUAGAAAUUCUAAUUUAAUUAGCCUGGCACAGUGCACGAACUGCCAUAUACUCGUGCAGAUGUUUUCUUCUUUUCUUACUGCUCCUUUCCAUGUGGCCAUGUCACUACAAGGGGUGGGGAAGAAGUUAAUGUGUAAUUGCUUCAGGAGCUCUGAUUAAAAGGUUGCUGAAGCAAAAUACUGCAAUGAAGUUCUGAAAAUGAAGAGUUAGGACUUUACAUGAUUUCUCUUGCCUCAUUCCCUCAAGAAUGCACAUAUAGACACACAUAUGCCAAUAUCUUUUUUAUGUAGUUCAAGUAUAACUUUGAAUAAAAUGACUUACAUUCAAGGAAGGUCAAAACUAUUAUUCUGAAACAAAAUGUGACAAUUCUAGCCAUUAUGUGAAUUGUAAGGGUCAGUAAUCCAUAAACUAUUUGGAUAGUAAUUGUAUGUGUUAUUAAUGUGAUGUAAUUUUGCACUAUUGUAUUGUCAUAUUUAAUCAAACUCUUAAAAAUACCCUGAAACGUAAUGCCAAAUGUACAGUUUAUAGGUUCAUGUUAUUUCUGAUAAGAAUUUAAUUGCAUUGUGCUAAUAGUUGUUUAUUGCUAUUAACUUUCUGUGUAUGUAUUAUUGCGAUGCAGACCCAAUAGGGUUAUUUUAAGCACACUAAUUAGUCAUCUGGAUUUUUAUAGAUAAAAUCACACGUUGAUCAGAAAUCAUUUUUCUACUUAUUUUUUUGUAGAGUAUUUUUCCACACUUGAAAAAAACAUGAUUAUUUUAUAUCAAACAUCAACUUUUCUUUAAAUCUUAUUUUAGUAGCUAAUGCAUGUUUGAAAUAAGAUGUGUUAGAAAUUAUAUGACUAUAUUAAGGUUGUGUUUAUAUUAGGUGAAAAAUUGCAUGCCAUUGGUGAAUCAUGCAGCUUUGGGGACAUUUACACUGCCACUCACACACAGGCUCUGUCUCAAUCCAUAUGCAUGAUUCACGUCCUUUCAAAAGUCCCUUUUCAACAUUUGGUAAAGUGAAAAUGUUAUUCAUAGUGCUAAUGAGCCAAUAAACAAUGCUGCGUUUCUUUUUUCUAACUGUGCAGCAUAUUGUGGUAAAUUUUCUCCCAAAACUUUAUUUUUGGAGUUAUUGUUGGCAAUAAAUACAACAAAUUAUUUGUUGGCAAGUGAUACAAUUUACUGUAUAACAACUUAAUAGUACAAAGCAUGAAGAUGUGAAAAUAUCAUCUUAACCAGUUUCAUUCUAUGAACAUAAUAUUCUGGCAGCUUUUUCUAUAACUGAGAAUGGUAUAUCUUUUUAUACACUGCCAAAAUCAGUACUACUGCCAGUCACCUGAGGUCAGGUCUGCACAACACUAAAUUGGGCAAUAACGUAGAACAUCUAGGCAGUCUUGACAGUCAACCAGUGUAAUCACUAGGGGAAGAAAAAGUAGGCCUACCCUUUUACUUAUUAACUUAAGUAAUAAAAAUUGUAUAAAAAUAUGAAUGUUGGCUGCAGAGGAGCCUUUACAUGCAGAUAAUUUGCAGCAGUCUUUGAAAAUAACAAAAAUUAUUCCAUUUAAUGAAGGGUUUGUUUUGUUUAGCUUUUCUCUUUUAUUCAGAAAACAUACCUGUGCUUUUGAAAGGGCUUAAUCCCAAACAGGUAAUAUGUGUGGAUCAAUCAUCUCUCCUCCCAUGAAAUUAAUCAUUCAUGGUAAUAUAUUAAGGCUAGAACGUAGCUCUUAGUGACUUAAAACAUGACAGUAAGCAUUUACACUGUUGGAAGGUAAUUUCAUUGCUAUGUUAUUAAAAUGAUGGGAAUCCUAUUUAUACAUUUAUUUAUUUAUUUAUUUACAGAAGAUUGGUUCCUUCCAGUUCAAUUUAACAGCUUCAGUGAAGUUAGUAUAAUGAUAAGAAAAAUUGACUCUAGCUAUUAUUCCAAGUGAAAAUCAUGCAGCUGAGUCCUGCUGCAUCCUGGGAGCAAAGCAUUAAUUCAAAUGAGGAGUAGUCAGUCCUAGCACUGUAGAGGCCGACUUUACCAACCAAGAUAUUGUAUGUGUGUGACAUUCAGCUAACAUUGAUCUAGGCACUUAGUUUGCUACCACAUUGUUCCCUUCAUUGAUUGAAACUGUAAAUAACAUAACACUUUAAGGCAGCUAAGCAAAUAUUUUAAUAAGCCAUGAAAGGCAAGAUGCCAGAGAAAAUCUGUAUAUUCAGCUAUUUGGAGAACUCGUGUUUUCCACAAAUUAAACUGGAGAUGUCAUUUGAAAUUUUCUUCCCUUAAACAUGCUGUCACAACAUGGAUUCCUUCUCAUGGAUGUCUUUCUAGGCUUAUAAAUAUAUGGUGUGAUCGCUAUAAUUUUGUGAAAUUUUAUUCAGCAAUUAAUAGUGAUUUCAGCAAUAUGUACUAAGAUUCCAAGGCAGAAAUAAAUGUAUAAAGGAUUUGAGCCUGUAUGUGUAAGAAGAAACUCUCUCUUCAGUCAUAUUUCCUAAAUUCAGUGUAAGUACCUCGCUGAUUUAGCAUUGGAGUUAUUCCUUGAAUGUGUAAAUAAUGAUGUUCUGUUCUGACCUAAUGAAUUCCUGUAAUGUGAAUAUUUAAAAUAAAAGAAUUCAAUUUAAAUGUA